AUGCCUGAGAUCGGAGAAGUCGCGCGUAUUGUCCACUAUUUGCGCAAGCACGUGGUGAACAAGACGAUCCGCGCCGUGCGCACCCAAGAGGAUGACAUCAUCUAUGGCAAGGUCGGCACCAGCGCCUCUGCCUUCCAGAAGGCCAUGACCGGCAAGAAGAUUGUCGACGCCCGCCAGCAGGGCAAGUAUUUCUGGCUGGUCAUGUCUGAGCCCCCGCACCCGCUGAUGCACUUUGGCAUGAGCGGCUGGAUGAAGUUCUCCAACGACGACUCCGCCUACUACAAGCCCGCUGCGAAAGAGGAGAACCCCGAGUGGCCGCCAAAGUACUGGAAGUUCGUCCUCGAGAUGGACGGCGAUGACAAGUGCGAGGCUGCUUUCGUCGACGCCCGUCGCCUGGGCAGAAUUCGCCUGAUCGAUGCACCGGGUGAGGAGCUGAGGAAAGUGAGCCCGCUCAAGGAGAAUGGCCCAGAUCCCGUUACCGACAAGGAUAUCCUGACCGUCGACUGGUUGGCCAAGAAGCUGAGGAGCAAAAAGGUUCCUGUCAAGGCAUUGCUGCUGGACCAGGCUAACAUCAGCGGCGUCGGGAACUGGGUUGGCGACGAGGUGCUUUAUCAGGCCAAGAUCCACCCUGAACAGUACAGCAACACCUUUAGCGACGCCCAGAUCAAACAGCUGCACGAUGCCCUCAUGUAUGUCUGCGAUCUGGCUUGCGAGACCCUCGCAGAAUCCGACAGGUUCCCAGAAGAUUGGUUGAUGAAGCACCGUUGGGGCAAGGGCAAGAAGGAUUCCAACAAGCUCCCCAACGGCGCUAAGAUUACCUUCCUCAAGGUUGGCGGCCGCACUUCAGCCGUCGUUCCCAGCGUGCAGAAGAAGACAGGCGCCGUUGCUGGCGACGUUGGCGCAUCCGAGCAAGAAGACGAUGAUGGUGACGAGUCAAUUGAGACCAAGCCUGCCGCGAGGCAACAGCGUAAUUCCGCCGCUGCGAGUAAUGGAUUGGCCGGCAACGGUUCGAAGCGAGGCCGAGCUAAGAAGCAGGAGCAAGAUGAGGACGUGAAGCAAGAAGAUGAAGAAGACAAACCAGCCCCGAAGAGGGCCAAGAAGGGCAACGCCAAGGCUGAACAGAAGGCAGCGGUAAAGGAGCCAGAAGCAGGACGGCGGCGUUCUACGCGGAACAAGUGA